UUGGCGCCGGUCUGGCGCUCCUCAUCAUUUAUCAUUGUGGUAGUUGUCCUGCUGGCCGGCGGCGGGGGCUCCGAUCUCAAAGCCGAUUACAUCGAUGAAUGUACCGACGACAGGCGGGGUUGGGGUCUGGACGAGGACGUAUGCGAAUGCGGUUGGGCAAUCGUAGACCAUGACUUCGACAAAAACGCCAUUGCCGACAUCGAAGAUUCCCGCAACGGCGAUGAACUGGUAUUCGUUAUCUAUCAAGACGCUGUCGGGUACUGCGAAGCGACGCAAGAACUUCCGCGGAGGUUGAUACCCGACAUUGGCGCGAGUCGGGAUUUCGGCGGGUUGAGCUCCGAUAUAGAAGAUUUCUAUCUCGAAGAAUGCGCCGACGCCGAUGUGGACGAAGGAGCAUGCCAAUGUUCGCUCGACAUACUUGGUGGAGAUUUCGACACCGAAACCUUUGAGGAACUGGAGCAGGACGGCGAGAUAGGCUUCCUCUUCGGCGAAGCGAUGGAUUACUGCGAAUCCACCGACAACCUGCCGCGCAGCCUUCGACCGGACCGCUAA